CAUCAAAUAGUUAAACACUUAUUGUUAAUCUUAAUCAUAUUUAAUGCAAUUAAUUUGUCAAUAUGUGAGUUAAGCCUGAAUGGCAAGUGUGGUUACCCGGGCAAACCAUAUCGGGCUAAACUGGAACCCGACAAUAAACUACAAUACGAUGAGGGAGAAGAGGUCAGCUACCAGUGCGUCGACUUCUGGUCAUUCAUUAAGACUAGACGGUGCGAAAAGGGCCGAUGGACUGGAGAACAAGCCCGAUGUGGAGAUUUUGUGAAUAAGACAAUAUUAAUGAGGGACUCAAGACUGGAGGAUAUCACGGAUGGGCCACCAGUGCUGGUCUUCGAGUACUUGAAUAUGACACUCAUAGAGAGAAAAUGGAAACAUCCCAACGCUUUCACAUCCAAUCGUUUCCCAAAAGCCAGACUUAGGGUUACGGACACCAGAAAAUACAAAUGGAGUUUCAAUUUCACGGUUCCCACCGUUAAGCUAUUUGUUAGGAUUAGCUUUAAUUUCAUAAACUUCACACAACUGUCGCCAAAAGACAAGGAAAACUUCUCGUUCAACGUAUCGAUGGAAGUGAGUCCUUAUAGAAAGUGUCGACUCAAUCAUCAGAGCGGAGACAUAUGGAGAGAAAGCGGUAAUAAACUUGAAAACGACUUCAUUUGUGACACCGAUUCUCAUGAGGACACGAGGCUUGACGUCGCGGAUCCGCCCAAUUAUAUGGUGUUAGAGACUCAGGCGUCCCAUCCCUUACAUCACGAACUCAUUGCCGUCUUCUUAGGCAAGUCUUACGGCACAGAAGACGAACCCCUUUGCGGUGAUCCGGAGAUUAUGAGUGGACAGGUCUCCAGAUUCAACGUUCAGUUCAGGGAUUACUCCAUCGUUUGUAGGAAUGAUAAAUUCAAAUACAUUUCCACAUAUAACCCGGAUCUGCCCGGAACCCCAACCCAUAGUAUGAAGUGUCAGCCCGACAUGAAGUGGAAGGGCUCGUAUCCCGAUUGCAUUCCUCUCAAGCCCUGUCCACUUAACGACCUCUUAAAGGGUCUCCAAUUUAACCAAACAGUGAUCACAUCUCUGGACAAACUUUAUUUCUUCAAUGAAAGCGAAUACUAUGCUAUCGAAGGCUCUGAAGUGAACUACGGGUGCAGUAAUCCCAGCAAUGAUAUACUCGUCGGUAAAGAGAGUAGACUUUGUAUGAAGAGUGGUGUUUGGAUGGGAGCUGAGCCCUAUUGUUAUGUUUGGCUAAUCAUAGGAAUCCUAUUCUUUGCGCUCGUAUUCAUCGUGUGUUUGACAGGAAUUUUGUUUUACGUUUACACCAAACGGAUUAAGAGUCGGAUCACUAAACAGAUCGCAAACCAGAAUCGCCCGGAAAGUGAGCGCUACGAGGGCUACGACGACGUGGAGUUCCCGUCCAAUAAAAUGUAUGACACGUAUGAUGUGGUCGGCGAUGGGGACGAAGAGGUAAGGUAUGCCGGAGCUUACUAUGCAGAGCACGGAGAGUACGUGGAAAUGCCCACUAAAUGCCUAAAUCAGUCAAACGACGACUAUUGGCGUAUACCGGCGGCCGAACCCACGUAUCUUGAAAUGACCAGUUCUGGUCGACCCUCUCCGCGACCCACUCCCCGGCCCUCUCCCACUCCCCGCAGACUUCCCGACACAUCCGAUGAUAUCUAUACAUAUGAAUUAUAA